GAAGAAUAAGAGUAGAAGGAAAAGAUUGAAGAAAAAAGAGAACAUAUUGGAAGUGUCGCCGACCAUCAACGUCUGCUCCGAUCAGCAGGAUAGAUAGUCUUAACAAAAAAGGAGUAAGCCACCUUUUAUCUAUCAUCUCUUACAAAUCCAGGUGGAAAAGGAGAGCAAAGAGAAUAAAGAACCUUCGCAUAGUCUUCUGGUUCAUCUGCUCUCUUCAUCAGAUUGUCCAUCCGACUCCCGAGUCCAAAACCCUAUUACUUCUCGCUCACUGGGUUUGUUUCAGAUUGUUUGCAGUACACGCGUGGAUUUCCUCUACACAUCGCUCAUGGGUUGUGCUUCUUCUCUACCAGACCGGAGUUCUGGGCAGUUGGGCGUAAUUAAUUCGGACAGCAACGGAUCAACUGAUGCAAAGAGCCUUCGUGUAAAGCUCGUUUUGUUAGGUGAUUCUGGUGUUGGUAAAAGCUGCAUUGUCCUUCGCUUCGUCAGAGGUCAGUUUGAUCCAACAUCUAAAGUAACUAUUGGAGCCUCAUUUCUCUCACAAACAAUAGCACUACAGGAUUCCACGACUGUGAAGUUUGAAAUAUGGGAUACUGCAGGACAAGAAAGGUAUGCUGCAUUGGCCCCGCUCUACUACCGGGGUGCUGCAGUUGGUGUUAUUGUCUAUGAUAUAACCAGCCCCGAGUCCUUCAAUAAAGCACAGUAUUGGGUCAAGGAACUUCAGAAACAUGGUAGUCCUGAUAUAGUGUUGGCUUUAGUUGGUAACAAGGCUGAUCUUCAUGAGAGCAGAGAAGUGACUACUCAAGAUGGCAUCGACUAUGCUGAGAAGAAUGGAAUGUUUUUCAUCGAGACUUCUGCAAAGACAGCAGACAAUAUCAAUCAUCUUUUUCAGAUUAAAUGCUGAAGUUAUCGAGGCUUGGAUGUACUAUGCUGACAGAGUUUCAUCAUCCUGCAGGAAAUUGGCAAGCGACUCCCUCGCCAGCAGCCAGAACCCUCGACAUGAUUUUCCAGGUUCUUGAAACAAAAACAAAGUGUAUUAUGAAACUGAUUUAUGGUAUUCGAACAGAACCCGCCUUCUGUCGAGUUUGUACAUAGCAAUCGCGACUCUGCUGACUCGCAACUCUCUCAUUUGUCGAUGUUGUGAUGGAAUACCUGCCUUCGGUGUUUUAUCAAAGGGGUCGUCAGUUGGUUCAUGACACAAAAAUAGCCACGUGAAAUGGCGGACUAAUUCCUUAACAUGGAACUGUUUCGACUUCGCAUCGCAGGGGUGGUUUCCUCCUGGUGAUCAUGUUUAUGCGAGAUUGUGAUUUGGUGUUGGUAAGGUUACAUUAUUAUUGUAGUUGCAGUGAAAUGGAGAUGGACUGGUUUGCUCAUUCAGCCA